CGUCUCUUGACCUUGUCUGCUUUACUUUUCAAUUUAGUUCCAAUUUAUCCCUACUGUGGUGUUCCUCCGUUGCUUCUCAUUUCUCCUUCUGUUCCUCAACUAUUAUUGCAGCACGUUAAUACCACUGCCCAACCAGGAAUUCGCUACCAUCCUGAAUAGUCCCUCCUUCAUACCUGGCUGGCUUUGGAGAUCCUAUACCAACGCAGGCGGUAACGCAGGCGGUAGUCUCAUUCCGCAAACAGCCUUCACGGAAAUCAACGACCUCGCUGGCCACGGGACAUGCAUGGCAUCCGUCGCAGCAGGGAGGUUCUCUGGCACCAUCAAGAACGUGCGUUUUAACGCUAUCAAAGUCGCAACGGGGACCGUCCCUGUUGACGAUAUCAGUGGGCCGACAACGCGAGCUGCCCCUAUUUCCAGCAUAACGAUCGCGGAAGCAUUUGGUUGGGUCAUCGCCCAAGUACGGGAGAAGAAUCUCGAGGGAAGGGCAAUAAUUUCGUUCUCGAUGGGUAUGUACUGUUACUAGUCACUGCUCCCAAUCGUCUCUUUCACAUCCUCUGUAUGAGAUGAGCUAUGUGAUGUUAGGUAUUGAUAAUGUUCGGUUAGGGUUUGACCCCGAGGCAUUUCCUGUUCCUAUGCCGGCUGGCACACCGACGCUCCCAUCACCUGCUGGCUCGUCGGGAAUCGUGGAUGAUCCUAUCUCAGUCUUGCUACAGCGACUCUUUGAUGCUGGUAUAACGGUUGUCGCAUCAGUAAGUAUCCAUUACCUUGACCUUAGAUUGGCUACAACAGAGCCGUAGCGAGCCCCUAUUUAAGCGAGAGAUACCAAGAGCUCAGCACGUGGCCCUUGCAGUCCAGCGCUGCACCUUGGAAAAGAGCUGCAAGUGGCAGUUCAGGAGAUGCACAGUACAAAGGUCGAGACCUUGAACCAUCUGCUCUAGUAGCACUCAGAAAAGACCUGGUCUUGAUCUCUUGACCCCUUCCAUACCUUCUACUUAAAAGACCAUGGAACAGUCAACACCUGCUGAUUAUUUUCUCUACAAACAGGCCGGAAAUGAUGGCCACAAAGGCACUCGAUCCGACUCGCGAGUUCCCGCCGGUUUGAACAGCGCGCAAUACCCGCUGAUUAUCGUCGGUGCUGCAGGCGAGAACAACACACGAAUGUAUUGGUCAGAAAUCGGCACCCGGCCUGGUAUAGUCGACCUCUACGGCUUCGGCGAUCUACUCUACUGUGCAAAAAAAGGCAGCAAUACAGCAGACUACGUCGCCACCUCCCACGCCACAGCACAAGUCGCCGGGCUGGUUGCGAGUUUCCUGACGCUGUUCGCGAACGAGCUACCGGCUGACAAUAGCUCGGUGCCACUGUUCAUGAAGAACAAACUGAAGGAGAUCGCCAGGACCUUCAAGAGUCCCCUGCUGAAAGUCGACGCACUUCUGCUGGAUGAUAAUGCACCACGAGAAGAGAGAGAAAAGCAAAGGGAGAAUGAUCCGAAUGCCAUGGCGCCGCUGGCGAGCAAUGGCAUCUUUGUAGGUUGCGACCCCGCGAGAGUGACGCUGCCGAAAGCCAUUGGGAGUCCAAGGAUUCCUAUUGCAGGGCUCUAUGUCGAAAUUGAUUUUGUGGGGAAACCGACACGACUACGUAUCGAGAAUGCGUGCCGACCGAGUCGACCGGAUUAUGCGGUUAUUGUUGAUUACGGUAUUUGUGGUCCUGAUCCGACUACUACUCCGUGGAGCCGGCCAGCGUGGGCAGAGCCAACAGUGAUGCCAGAGAAAUAGGUACAUUGAUAGAUGGAAGCUUGUUCUUUGCUUGUCAUGCUAGAAAUCUCAAUCAAGAAUCACACAUUUGAGUAUAUUUCUAUAAAUAGAAAAAGAGUUUAGAGAAUGGAAAAUGACUUGGGUUAAAAAAAU